AUGUGUCCUGCAGAGUCAAUUGAAUUCAAAGAAUUUAAGACAAAAAUUCAGGCAAUGUUUAGGCUAUACCCACUAAGUGAACAACAAAAAGUGGAAAUAUUAAUUGGACAACUGAAGGGGACUGCUCAGCGGGAAGCAAAUUCUUGGCCACAGAGUCAGAAGAGAACAGCAACAGACAUAUUGGAAAGAUUAUCGAAAAUCUUUGAGUCCCGAACAUUAUCGGAUUUGAUGUUGCAUUUUUAUGCAAGAAAGCAGCAACCUGAUGAAACUCUGCGAGAGUUCGCUCUUGGUUUACAAGAAGCAUUGCAAGACAUUAAGGCCUGCAAACCAGGGGAAAUAAUUCAAGAAGAUGAAACACUUGUUAGUCAGUUUGUCGAGGGGGUGUAUGGAGAACAGAUGAAAACUCAUCUUAAAAUGAUACGGCUGCAAAAACCAACCUGCAGUUUCUUAGAUUUUAAAGAAACAGCAAUCAAUAUUUUGGGAACCAGUUCCAGGCAAAUGCAGACCACCGCAUAUUUGGAAUCAGCAAAUCAACAUAUUCAGUCAUUGAGUAUAGCAGAUUUGUUAGUUGCUCUAAAAGUACAAAUUGCAGAACUUAUUCAGGGCAUGACAGAUAUGUAUAAAGAAAUAAAAAGCUUGAAAGAAAGACCAAGAAGAGAAGAGAAAGACUGGCAAUCUGGAACAAGGCCCUGUUAUGACAAAAAAUGGGGAACGACAGGAAAUUAUAGACAAUUUAAGGAUAAUUUUGUCGAACAGAAUCGGCCAAUUUGUAGACUUUGCCAGGAGAGUGGUCCUUUUGCACACUGCCAACAAGAAAAUUUACUUAGAAGUACUGAGGCCAAGGAACAACCCUCACGAAGAAUGGAGAGAAUAGGUUCACUCUUGGAGGAAGAACUACCUGGAGAUGGGGGUCUCAACCCAGUAGUGCAGAACCAAAUAAAAGCUGUCGGCAUGCCACCUGCAGAUGUUGUUACGCCAGCCAGUGCAGGGAAAGUUUUGGGCAAAGUCAUAUGGUUUAAUGUAAGACGUGGUUAUGGCUUUAUUAAUCAAGAUGACAUGAAGAGAGAUAUCUUUGUACACUACACAGGCAUCCAGAAGAACAACCCAAGAAAAUAUCUACAAAGUCUGGAAGUUGGAGAGACUGUAGAGUUUUAUGUGGUCAAAGGAAAGAAAGGUCUACAGGCAGCAAAUGUAACUGGUCCUGGUGGUAUUCCAGUGCAAGGCAGCAAAUAUGCAGCAGAUCGCAAUCACUAUCAGCACUAUCCAUAUCACAGGGGUUCUCCAAAUAACUACCAGCCAAACUAUCGAUAUAAUGAAGGUGGAGAGGAGUCAGACAAAGUUGAAAGUGUGGCUAAAAGUGCUAAUCCCCAGUCACAUUACUGGAGACAUCGCUACCCACCAAAUUACCCAAGGAGACCAUGUGGAAACAAACAAUAUCCCGAUGUCCCAAAGCAGAGUGAGUUUUUGUGGAGAACAGUUGUACAAGAUACACAGAAACAGAGUGGAUUGGUGCAUCAGAGGUUUCAUGAAGUAGUCAGACCACAGUCUAUUGCAGAGCCAUUAUGUCAGAGUAAGACAAUAAUGGAGGACACUCAUUCCAGUAUAGCCCACCACAACCAAGCAGAUAUGCAGGCGUAUUGUAAGGAAAGUACUGAAAGCAUUACCAACUUAGCCAUAGCAGAGAGGUUGGGGUCCCCUGUACAGAAUUGUCUGGAUUUUGUCAUGCAAAAGCUGGAUUCUUCUCUUCCUGAGCAAUCAUAUAGUUUAGUGAAAGAGACCUCAAUUUCUGUUCCUUCAGAGUAUACAUUCACAGACAAUGAAUAUAUUGAGAAGAAUCCCAGUGAGAUAGCAUUCAUUAUGUGGCAGGUUUGAGAAAGUCAGCAUGGAGAAAUAAAGGUGCUCCAUUUAUUCAGUAUAGACAUUAGUCAGAGAAUAAAUGUUUAUAAUAGGUAUUGUUCUUGUAAAUUUCAGAUGUAUGUACUUAUCUCAUGUUCAUAAGUUGAAUAGCUAAAUUGUUCUCCUUGUACAAAAAUGUGAGACUGUUCUUUAUUGGACUUUGAAAUGGCUUGUUGCAUGAGGACAUGCAAAAUUCUAGUGGGAUUGUAUGUGAUACCCACCAAAAAGAGCAGUCAAUUUAUCUAUAUACAGUAUUGUAUAACUUCAAGUACCCACAGCAAUUGCUGAAAAGGUCACAUGACCAGAGUCAGGUGGUCUGGGAGGAGACAGUUUGAAGACAGUGGCAGUUGGUCCAGGGGAGCUCUGAGGUAAUGGUGGAAAGGGAAGGAGCUGCGCUGGGUGUCAGAGCAGUGCUGACAGGCUCCUAUUCUGUCCCAUAAAUCCCUUGAAAAAUAUAAUAAAAUUGAAUUACCAGCUUCUUCAGAUAAGGCAAGGCCAGGGGAGCAGCCUGGCUGCGAGUGACAGAAGCAGGCAGAACAUUCCCCUGAAGUCCCGGCAUCUGGUGCACGAGCAAUACAGACUGAGGGGUGAAGCAGGAGUUGUCUUAUAAGGUGAUGGAGGACUUGUAACACUUGAAAGCUUCACAAGAGGAAUAUACUAAUUCAUUGAAGCAACCAAGUGUAACCGUAAUGCCACCUAAAAGGCACAUGUCUGUUGUGGGAGUAACUACACAGCAAGUAGCAGCAAAAAAUAUGAACAGCGUAUCGGGAGAAAGCCUAACAACAAUCUAUGACUUAUGACCAAAGAGAAUGUGAGUGGGAUCGUCAUCACCAUUCAGGUAUGAGUUCUCAACAAAUUGCCCGUCACAGAAAAAACAAUCGAAGAGCAAAGAGGACAGAGGUAAGAUAUCACGUCAACACCUACAAAGUCCCCAAGCAAGAUGUCACGCUAUUCUUAAUGUCGGUGACUGUGAUAAAACAAAUAUUUAUGCUCAUAGCUGUGCGUCCAUGAACAGUAUGAAGCAUUUUGUGGCUAAGUAGCCAUCUGACAAACGGCUGUGGAUCAUUGGGUCAACCCUAACUAAGUUUACAGUCAUUAGGUUGACCAUUAUUGGUGGACAGUGACUAGGUCGACACUUGGAAUAUGGCGACACGAUCAUGAUGUCGAUGCAGAAAAUGACAGAAAAAGGUCGACAUGAGUUUUUGGAUUUUUUUUGGUGUCGUUUUCUUCGUAAAGUGAACAGAAACCCCCAAUUAGUGCACUGUGUCCCCUCGCCAUGUUUCGGGCAAGGUGCCUUUGUGCCGCUACCGCGGCGCUCGGCACAGGUUACUAUUCCCAAUCGUAGUCCACGUGGAUUGUAAAGUAAGAAAAA